AUGCCCAGCUCCUCCAGGCCCUGUGCAGGACAUUCCUCGGACAUCCCAGGUGUGUCCUGGCUCCCUUUCACUGACAGCCUCCCGAUGGCUCUGUUACAGUCGGACACCAUGUCACAUCUGGUGAAGAUCCCGGGCAUCAUCAUUGCUGCCUCUGCAGUCCGUGCUAAGGCCACCCGCAUCUCUAUCCAGUGCCGCAGCUGCCGCAACACCCUCACCAAUAUUGCCAUGCGCCCUGGCCUGGAGGGCUACGCCCUGCCCAGGAAGUGCAACACGGAUCAGGCUGGGCGCCCUAAGUGCCCGCUGGACCCCUACUUCAUCAUGCCUGACAAGUGCAAGUGCGUGGACUCGCAGACCCUCAAGCUGCAGGAGCUGCCUGAUGCAGUGCCCCAUGGCGAGAUGCCCAGACACAUGCAGCUCUAUUGUGACAGGUACCUGUGUGAUAAGGUAGUCCCUGGGAACAGGGUCACCAUCAUGGGCAUCUACUCCAUCAAGAAGUUUGGCCUGACCUUCAGCAAGGGCCGUGACAGAGUGGGUGUGGGCAUCCGCAGCUCCUACAUCCGUGUCCUGGGCAUCCAGGUGGACACGGAUGGCUCUGGCCGCAGCUUUGCCGGGGCCGUGAGCCCGCAGGAGGAGGAGGAGUUCCGUCGCCUGGCUGCCCUCCCCAACAUCUACGAUCUCAUAUCCAAAAGCAUCGCCCCUUCCAUCUUCGGGAGCACAGACAUGAAGAAGGCCAUCGCCUGCCUGCUCUUUGGGGGCUCCCGAAAGAGGCUCCCCGACGGACUCACUCGCCGAGGAGACAUCAACCUGCUGAUGCUGGGUGACCCUGGAACAGCCAAGUCCCAGCUUCUGAAGUUCGUGGAGAAGUGUUCUCCCAUUGGGGUGUACACCUCUGGGAAAGGCAGCAGUGCGGCUGGCCUCACAGCCUCGGUGAUGAGGGACCCCUCAUCCCGGAACUUCAUCAUGGAGGGUGGAGCCAUGGUCCUGGCUGAUGGUGGGGUUGUCUGUAUUGACGAGUUUGACAAGAUGCGAGAAGACGACCGCGUGGCAAUCCAUGAGGCCAUGGAGCAGCAAACCAUCUCGAUUGCCAAGGCUGGAAUCACCACCACUCUGAACUCACGCUGCUCUGUCCUGGCUGCUGCCAACUCGGUGUUCGGCCGCUGGGAUGAGACGAAGGGUGAGGACAACAUCGACUUCAUGCCCACCAUCCUGUCUCGCUUUGACAUGAUCUUCAUUGUCAAGGAUGAGCACAAUGAAGAGAGGGAUGUGAUGCUGGCCAAACAUGUCAUCACUCUGCAUGUGAGCGCGCUGACACAGACACAGGCUGUGGAGGGCGAGAUCGAGCUGGCCAAGCUGAAGAAGUUCAUUGCCUACUGCCGAGCGAAGUGUGGCCCCCGGCUGUCGGCAGAGGCUGCAGAGAAGCUGAAGAACCGCUACAUCAUCAUGCGGAGCGGGGCCCGUCAGCACGAGAGGGAUAGCGACCGCCGCUCCAGCAUCCCCAUCACUGUGAGGCAGUUGGAGGCCAUUGUGCGCAUUGCCGAGGCCCUCAGCAAGAUGAAGCUGCAGCCCUUUGCCACAGAGGCAGAUGUGGAGGAGGCUCUGAGGCUCUUCCAGGUGUCCACUCUGGAUGCCGCCUUGUCAGGCACCCUGUCAGGGGUGGAGGGCUUCACCAGUCAGGAGGACCAGGAAAUGCUGAGCCGCAUCGAGAAGCAGCUCAAACGUCGCUUUGCCAUUGGUUCCCAGGUGUCCGAGCACAGCAUCAUCCAGGACUUCACCAAGCAGAAAUACCCGGAGCACGCUGUCCACAAGGUGCUGCAGCUCAUGCUGCGACGUGGGGAGAUCCAGCACCGCAUGCAGCGGAAGGUCCUCUAUCGCCUCAAGUAGCCACCGUUCCAGGCUCGCCGGGCCUCCGCCCUCCUGCCGCCGUCUGCCGCCUUGGCCUGUGCCGCCUCGGCCUCCUCGCUG